CCCUCCAUCGCACCUUUCCACCACCGCCGCCCAGCGCGACCGCAUCACGCCCACAACCCCGGCCGAAGCUGCAUCUCCGCCGGCGACACGACAUAUUCAUCUCUUUCUGCCAUCCUCCGCCGUCGCGAGCCUCCAGCGGCACUUGCAGCAUCCGCGUCGCGCGACCUCGGAAAAGUUGGCCGGCGCUCCUCACGCGUCACCUCCACCGCCGGCUCCUCGAAUGUUUCACCCCUCAUACCGCACCUGCAGGAGAUGAGGCUGAAGUGAGCGUCGCGGCGGCAUCAUGUCGCAGACUGCGGGCAUCGGGGCCACCGCCGGGGGUCUCUCUCCCAGGUCGCUGAAGCGUAAGCGCGAGGCUGCAGAUUUCACCCGCUCACGCCCAUCACCAGCCAUGGCCACGCAGCACUCGAGGCUCGUCAACGGCGCCAGCUCGAAUCCAACCUCCGUCAAUGGCAAUCACUACACAUCACCACAGUCCGACGAGAUGCAGACUUCGGAUCAUGGCGACAUGCUGCACGGUGUCGGCUCCGCGAGCUCACUGAACAGCACCGUAUCGUCGGUCUUCUCGCGCAACUCACAUACUUUUGGCAACAACAGCAAAACAUCUGCCAACGGCUACACACCUCUUACCGCCCACGCAGACUCCUCGCCGUCCAAGGGUAACAGCCCGCGGCACUCGAAAAAUGCCACAGAAAUGGCAUCCCUCAAUGGCGCCGCUGCGUCCACCUCGCACAUGCCUCCAUCGGACACUCCAGAUCCCUCCCAACAACCACAAAACCAGCGUCCGCAGAUGCUGCCGCCACCUGGGUCAGUGAAAGGGUACAGAGCGGUUUGGGAUCCAGAAUUGGACAACAAGCUCAGCAGAGAAGAACGAAAACGGGCCGCAUUUAAGAAGAGAGACUUUGGCGCAGAGACAUAUGAGCCAGAUCCGCCACCAGAUCCUCGCUUGGCCAUACCUGGAUACAUGUCUGGCCUGUGCAGGCCAAAGACACAGCCUAGCAAAGCCAUUCUCCGAAUCGCGCCGUACACUUUGCCACCAUACAAAGUGGACAGGUAUUCGGUAGGACCUGGUGAGGCACAACAAGUUGUCGCAGUUGGCUUUGACCCGUUCUUGGCGGAAAGCACUUUGAAGCUGAACUUCAGCACAUUUGGUAGCAUCGCUUCCGUACAGAACAAGACGGAUCCAGAAACCGGCAGUUUCCUCGGCAUCGCUCUGAUUAAGUAUCGCGACGCCGUUAGGGACGGCUUCGAGGUGUCUGCGGUCGCUGCGGCGAAGCGAGCUGAGGUCGAGUUCAGCGGAGCGCGCAUUGGUCUGCACACCAUCAAAGUGGAACUAGAUCGCGAAGGUCGGAGGUGCAAGCGAUACGUGGAACAAGCGCUCAAACAAGCACGCGAGGAGCGGGCGAAGCUACACCCUGUCGCACCGCCUGCGGCUCCGGCAGAACCGAAAACGAGAGACUUUCUCGCUCCUCCGCCGACGGCACCGAAGGGACCAUCGGGGAAAAAGUCCAAGGCACCACCCGUAGGUCCACGCGGUCGUCCUGGUCCUGGUCCUGAUCCUGCUCCGACGAGCGACAUACCACCCAAUCCACGGACUGGCGCUGCGUCACUGAUCGAGGACACACCUGUUCUGAGCAAGAUCAAGCGCAAGCCAUAUAUUCACAUCCCUCACAAGUCCGUACCUGUUCUCGGGACGACGAUUCCCCAUCUGAAGAAGCGACUGAAAGCAUUUGAUUGGCGAGAAGUGCGUUUGGAUAAGAGUGGUUACUAUGUCAUAUUCGAUGACUCCAAGCGAGGAGAGGACGAGACGGAGAGAUGCUACAAUGAAUGCAAUCAGGGUGCGCUCUUCACAUACAAAAUGGCCAUGGAGUGCCAGAAAUAUGGCAAUCCGGACUACGAGCGGAGUCCUAGUCCUGAGCGCGUCAUGGCGGAAAGCAAGAAGCGAGAAGAGCUUGAGCGACUGCAGCGUGAGGAAGCUGAAGAUCUCGAGAUCGAGAAGAAGAAUCGAGCUGAGAACUUGGAUCCUGUGCAAGGUGCGCUGGAGCAGCUUCGAGCAGAGUUGCGGGACAAAAUCAUGAGCGACAUCAAGACCCGCGUCGCCAUCCCCAUCUUUCACGAGAGCCUCGAUCCCGCUCGACAUGUCGAAAAGCGCAGAAAGCUUGGGCUGCGAGAUCCCGCCGAAAAUGACAAAGGAGGCUCAUUACUGUACAACAAAGCGGGGGACACACCACCCGAUACGCCGAAAGGCCGACGAGGUCAUCCUUUGUCUCAUUCGAGGCCAUUGCGACCUCACGACCCUCAUCACCGAGGUAGAAAGGGCGAGAACAGACACAAGGAGCCUAGCAAUGCGUUUGUUGAUGAAAGGCGGCGCAAGCCCGCCACCAGGCCGAGCCAGCAUGCGAGAGGCUUGCAUUUCCGACUGCAACAGAUGUACGCCGAGGAAGAAGAAGACUCAGAUGACGAGCGCCAGACGUCUGGUACGCGCGGCGACACGGAAGAGCAGGAGAGUCGGCCACUCAGCCGUGCGAGUCGUACGUCUACGCCAUUUGAUACAGAGUCUGUUGCAGACACGCCGAAGCACAAGCGCCGAAAGGUCAGCGAAUGGGAGGACGAUGAUCAGGAGACGUUCGAUGCAUUCCACAAAGAGAUGCUCGGUCACCUCUUGCGUAAGGAGCCUGAGGAUCUUGCGACUCGGGAGCUGGAGCUCGUUGUAAACACGCUGCCGCGAACUUCACGAUAUGGUACAAGAGCGAGGACAGAGCUAUACAUCCGGCAGCGGUCACGAGACGAUGACGCACUGUUCCAAGUCAAGAGCGAGAAGAACGAUGCUGUGGCUGAUAUCUCGAUCACAACGAGUCGCGAGCAUGACGGCACCCCGGCAGCAGACGAGAGCAAGUCUGUCAAAGAGAAGCCAAAGAGGAAGCGAAAGUCCAAGAAGCAAGAGCGCGAGGAGCGAGAAGAACGAGAAGCUCUUGAGGCCGAGCUCAAGAAGGCCGAGGCCGACAGUAAGCCUGUCACACCUAUCAUCACCAAAAUUGAGGAGAAGGAGCGUGAGCUUGAAUCAGUCGCGGAUGAAGAUGGUGUUGAUCUGCACCUCACAUUUGACAAGCCCCGACGCACUGUCGAAGAGGACCGCUCCAUUGUGCUUGAUAUCGAUGGCUGGCAGUCAUUCAUCAAGGAUGAUGAAGACUUGGCUUUUGCUAAACGCGCACUGGCUGAGUACGCUGCUUACGAUGUGGGCAAUGUGAAGCAGUGGGCUUGGAAGCAGAAGGAGAUCAAGGCACUGAAUACCGACGGCGAACCUGGCACCGCUCAACCUGAGCCACUCGUUCCUGGAUAUUACGUGCCUAACCCGACUGGCGCCGCCCGCACGGAAGGCGUAAAGAAGAUCAUGAACGAGGAAAAGUCUAGGUACCUUCCCCACCGUAUCAAGGUCCAAAAGGCGCGCGAAGAGCGGCAGGCACUCGCAAAGGCUACGCCAUCUGCGGCUGCUGAGGCGGCGAAGGUAGCAGCAGCGGAGAAAGUGGUCACCACAGCGACAUCUCGCAGCAAUCGUGUCAACAACAGACGACUUGUGAACGACAUCAACUUGCAGAAACAGAGUCUGUCAAACGCCGGCGAUGCUGAUGUUGCGAUCCGCUUCAACCAGCUAAAGAAGCGGAAAAAGCUCGUCAAAUUCGAUCGCUCUGCCAUUCACGGCUGGGGUCUGUACGCCGAGGAGAACAUCGCCAUCAACGAUCUCAUCAUCGAAUAUGUUGGCGAGAAGGUUCGACAAAAGGUGGCAGACAUGCGCGAGAUUAAAUACGACAAGCAGGGUGUUGGCUCGUCCUAUCUCUUCCGCAUGCUGGACGACGAGAUCGUGGAUGCUACAAAGAAGGGAGGCAUUGCUCGAUUCAUCAACCAUUCUUGCAGCCCGAACUGCACCGCCAAGAUUAUCAAAGUCGAGGGCACUCCGAGAAUCGUCAUUUAUGCCCUCAAGGACAUCAUGAAGAAUGACGAACUCACCUACGACUACAAGUUUGAGCGUGAAAUUGGCGCCACUGACCGGAUUCCAUGUCUUUGUGGUUCUGCGAACUGCAAGGGCUUCUUGAAUUAAGAAAGACGAGUACUUCAUUUCCACCGCGAUACCCUGUGACGAAUAUGAUUUUGGAAGGACGAGGGGCAGUUGUCAAGUACCACGAAAGACUCACUGCUAUUAGCAUUAUUCACAUCUCGGCUGUUCUUGGUUCUUCCUUUUGCGAGCGUGGGGGGGCUGCCAGAUCGAAUGAUUGGCAUUUUUCUUGCAAGCAUGAAUGAGCGAGGGAGCGAAGGAUAAAAGCACGAGAGAAGGUCGGGGGAUGUACGUUCGGGCUGUCGCGCGGUAGAAGCGAUUCGCUCCCGCUUUUGCGAGGGCGAGCGGAGGUGUGCUACGAGUAGAUUUGGCAAGAAUGGGGAAGCGGCUAGACAGUGCUGCUGACAUUCUGAGCGAGAGCGCGAAGUAGUGUGGAGAAUGAAAAGAAUAUUGAGUGCCA